CCUGUAAUAUCGGCGACAUCUUUGCGAUAGCGAAGAUGUAAACCUAUAUUUUUGGUUUCGUGUCUCAGUGUGUGCACGUGUUAAAGAUCAAACGAUUUCACAAUGUGUCAAAAAAUAUGGCCUGCUGAUCGCUACGUCUUUUAAAACGUUGGAAACGCUUGUUAUCUCACCUAAAAAUGUCAAUAUAAGCAAAAUACAUCAUUCUAUUGCUGUAAAUUCAAGAUAACUGAUUUUUCACUGCUGGCACAAUUGUAAUAGUGUCUAUGAGACAAGCUCUGCUAGGAAUCUCAAUAUAGAAGAAUCAUGAAUUCGUGCAAAAGGAAGAACGAGGAUGUUUUGGCGGAAGUCCUGGAACUGUUCCUUCUGCCGGAUUACAAUGUCGUUUCGUCAACUUAUUUAGAUCAUUUGUUGAGCCACAUUGCAGAGAACACAAAAGACUGUGCUUUAGUCGAUUACGAAUACUGCGAAGUCUUUCAGAAGUGGAUACCAAAGGCUCUAGCAGUAUGGGAGUCUGGACAGAAAGCAUCACAGCCUGUGAUCUCAUUUACGCUGAAACUUGUGGGGAUUAUUUCACGACACGAACUGCGUUAUCACUACUGGCAGUGUCAGGACGUGUACAAUCGACUUUGCACAAUUCUGCAAUUGCACAGAGAUGAUUUACCUGCUUCUAUUAAAAUGGCGUAUACCACAAUGCUGUCAGACUUGAUAGCUCACCGAAGUGGCAGACAGUGGGUGGUAAAAUCUGGUGUAUGGAAGGACGUUGUGAAGUGCGCGCAAUGGAAUCACACAAUGUAUGUUACAAGGGAAAGUCAGAAAUUCCUGUGGACGCUGCUGCUGCACGAGCACAAAAAUGUCGAUGCCUGCAGUGAGAUUAUCCUGGCGAUUGCCGCGCCUUUGAUGAGCAACACUGUAGAUGCACAGGCGCACCAGGCGCUGGAAGAGACGUAUUUGGAGCAGAACAAGCUGCUGUGCUCCACACUGGACCUGGUGACCAGCAUUCUGGAGAAUACACUGUUUGCAAAUCUGAACAACAGCAUCCCCGAGUUGCUGGAACGACUCAUCAACCUCGAGACGCGAGUAAAGGCACUGUUCGAGGCUUGCAUCAGCACCAGAUUCCUCCAGCAUGUGCACAAGCUACUGCUGCUGUCGCUGUUCCUGAAGUUGAAGCAAGGAAUCAGUGAGAACACCAACGUAAUUGACGCCGCGGCAUGGCAAAAGUUUUGUUACGGUUAUUACUACGUUUCCAUGAAGCUGCUGUCGAAGAAAUAUAUCAUAGAGAUGGUGAGAUGCAACAAGUACUGUAUGGUGUAUUGGAAGAAGUUGUUCACGUUACGAGAGAUUGUUCAGUCCGAGCAGUACAAGUUUGAACAUCAAGCUAUUGCUCUAAUGGUUCUGCCACUGUGCGUUUGUAUAAAAAAGAAUCAUUUGAAUCACGAUCUGUUUGAUAUGUUCAUUAAUAAAAUUUUCGAUGUAACAUGCACCACCGUGCAAAGGUUAGCUUACUAUAUGAGAGACAUUAUACGAAAGGAGGACCUUCCAAUGGAACAUAUUUGCAAAGUGUCCAUUGAUAUGCUUCUUGAAAUAACAGAUAUAAUGGAUAGAGACGUAGCGGUGAUCACUUUUCAAGCUUUAUGCCACGUCUUGAAGAGUUACAUGCCGGACACGUGGGCAGGGAAGCAUCCGAAGGCAAACAACACUUCUCCCUCAGAGCAUCCGCCGAAGUUUUUGUACAAAUCGAUACUGAAAGGUGAUCCCAUAGUCGAUUAUCCUAUUCUGCUGGCGUCACUGCUCGACGGCUUGGCAAUCAUGACGGAGAAAUUCAAAUUGAAGUGGCAGGAAUGCGUGGAAACGAUAUGCGUGUUAUCCCUCGCGCAAGAAAUCCUCAAUCAUUCCGGAAUACUACCAAUGAUUUGCGUGAAGGCGUUGAAACUGUGCAAACUCGCCAUCCACAACUUCAUGCCGCCUAAUUUGGCGCUUCUUGUGGAUUCAGACAGCCACAUGAACGAGAUAGGGCCUACACUCUACAAGAGGCUGCACGAUCCUAAUUGGGAAGUGAGAGACAGUGUUCUCGAGGUUCUCAACACCAUCGCAACGAUCUCCGAAGACAAAUAUCCGGCAUUCCAGAAGUUCUUACUGACGAAUCAAUUUCCAAAAGUGGCGAUCGAGGUCGUGAAAACGGACGGCGAGAGUUACGUGCGAGCGUCCGCAUUAACGUUCAUUGCGACUAUCGUGCGCAUCAACAAGCUGUGGGAUCAACAACUGUCGCAAUUGGAUUUGAUUGAAACGGCGAUUUGUUUACUCGAGAACGAAAGCGAGGCGAUAGUCAGGAGGGAGGCUGUGAAUCUAAUCAAGGAAUUGUAUGUUCAUCGAAAGUGGUCGAAGGAAGUCAUCGAUACAAUGCUGCGAGCGAUGUCCAUGGCGGCCGUGUUCGAUCUGCACUGGGAAGUCAAGACGAACGCGUUGACCUUCUGGGAUCACUUCGUCAAGUCUCAUCUGACAGAUCAGGGAAUGCUCGACGACUCGUUUCCGAACGUGACGUUCUCCAAAGAGCACAGGAAGAUCGUGGCGUUGAACGAGACGGAGAUUAAACGGCGACUUAAUAAAGCAUUGGACGAGUUAGCUAGGCAAAAUUGUCUAGGUGUACUUUUGGUGACCCUAAAAGAUGAUAGUGAUUUUGAAGUGUGCAAAGCAUCCGCCAUUAUAAUCGGCAAGCUGAAAUCUUGUCUAUUAAAAUACAAAUUGGACGAACCGUUACUACCUACGGAAAACAAUGCGACAAUAGACACCGUUUAUGUCAAGGAAGUGCCGCUGGUCUCGUCCACUUCCGCUGAAGAGACGCGAAACGUCUCACAUAUUAUUGAGGAGAUUGUGGAUGCGAACGACGCCAAUCUGCUGGCGAGCAUUUACAAAAGCUCUAUGAACAUGGACGGCGAAAGAACGAAGGAGAAAGAGAAAAAGACGCUCGGUUACAUCUCGUCUGUUACACGUCAAGACUUUCUUCACGCAAUUUUCAACUGCGACAUCGACGCUUACAUCGAGGAGAAGAAUCGUUGGCUGAAAACGUAUACUAGCAGUUUUGAGUCGAUUCUGGACGACAUAUUAACAAUGUAUAAGCAAAAGGACGUGAACUCGAUGGACUGUUACUAAACUCACGCAUAUUUUACAUAAUUUUGAUGCUGAAUGCAUAAUUUGCAUUUCUCUUUUAUAUUCAGACAUCGCUGAAAACAUCGUCAGCUGUCAUUUGUAUAAUUAUAAAUAUUUCAAAUACUUUUGAGCGUAGGGUGGUGAAUGUUUUUAAGCAAGUCAAAACUAUAAACUUAUUUUCUACAAAAAAGUUCCUUAAGUUGGACAUAAUUUUGUAGAUUAAUCGCAAUUUUUCAUUUAUCAUUUAUAUCUUUCAAUCAUGUAUAUUUUUCUUGCUUUUUCUUUUAAAUACUAAUGGUAGCAAACAGCAAAGGGCUAUGUAAAUGUGUUUAUUCUGAUAGAAUUAAAUUCUGUUAUAUGUAUGAUAACUUUAUAAUAAUAGUUUUUUGCAGAAGUGAAAUAAAGUGAAAAAAUUACACAAUUUUACGAAUAAAAAUUUAAUGCCAAUCAGAA